AUGGAAGGGAAGAACGGACUGAAAUAUUUGAAAUUGCAAAUAACCACCAAAAGCACGCAUCGGUCUGCAGAGGAACCCUCCAAGGUGGCAGGCAGCAUUGCAGGGGGUGGUGAUGUGGACUUCACGUUCAAGGAUGAAUUUCCUGACAGCGAAGUGAAACAGGAACUGGAAGUUGAGAGGGAAAAUGUGCAGAAGAGGACCUUUACUCGAUGGAUAAAUCUACAUCUAGAAAAGUGCAACCCACCUCUAGAAGUUAAAGAUUUAUUCGUCGAUAUACAAGAUGGCAAAAUCCUAAUGGCUUUGUUAGAAGUCCUGUCUGGGCGGAAUCUGCUGCAUGAAUACAAAUCCUCGUCGCAUCGCAUUUUUCGGUUGAACAACAUAGCGAAAGCACUUAAGUUUUUGGAAGAUAGCAAUGUAAAACUGGUUAGCAUCGAUGCAGCAGAAAUAGCAGAUGGCAACCCUUCUUUGGUUCUUGGGCUGAUAUGGAACAUAAUCCUCUUCUUCCAGAUUAAGGAGCUCACAGGCAACCUCAGCAGAAACUCUCCAUCUUCCAGCUUGUCCCCUGGCUCAGGAGGCACAGACUCAGACUCAUCCUUCCCACCCACACCCACUGCAGAGAGGAGCGUGGCAAUAUCCGUGAAAGACCAGAGGAAGGCCAUCAAAGCCCUGUUGGCGUGGGUGCAGAGGAAAACGAGAAAGUAUGGCGUGGCGGUGCAGGACUUUGCGGGCAGCUGGAGGAGUGGGCUGGCUUUCCUGGCCGUGAUUAAGGCCAUUGACCCCAGCCUAGUGGACAUGAAACAGGCCCUGGAAAAUUCCACACGAGAAAAUCUGGAGAAGGCCUUCAGCAUCGCACAGGAUGCCCUGCACAUCCCCAGGCUCCUGGAGCCAGAAGACAUCAUGGUUGACACACCGGAUGAGCAGUCUAUCGUGACUUACGUGGCACAGUUUCUAGAACGUUUUCCAGAGUUGGAAGCCGAAGAUAUUUUCGAUUCGGAUAAAGAAGUUCCUAUUGAAUCCACUUUUGUUCGCAUCAAAGAAACUCCUUCUGAACAGGAGAGCAAAGUCUUCGUUCUGACUGAAAAUGGGGAGCGUACCUACACUGUUAACCACGAAAGCAGCCACCCACCACCCUCCAAAGUCUUUGUCUGUGACAAGCCUGAGAGCAUGAAGGAAUUCCGCCUGGAUGGUGUUUCCAGCCAUGCACUGUCAGACAGCUCCACUGAGUUCAUGCACCAGAUCAUUGACCAGGUUCUGCAAGGGGGCCCAGGCAAGACCAGCGACAUCAGUGAGCCAUCUCCAGAAUCCUCCAUUUUAUCAUCCAGAAAGGAGAGCGGGAGGUCCAACUCUUUGCCAAUCAAGAAGACAGUUCACUUUGAGACUGACACCUACAGGGAUCCUUCCUUCAGUAAGAACCUGUCCCUUUGCUUUGAAGGGAGCCCAAGAGUGGCAAAGGAAUCAUUGAGGCAGGAUGGACAUGUCUUGGCAGUUGAGGUUGCUGCAGAGAAGGAACAGAAACAGGAGUCCUUGAAGAUUCCAGAAUCCUCCUCUGACAAGGUCCCUGGUGACAUUUUUUUGGCGGAGGGCACGAUCAAUAAUUCUCAGUCUUCCCCCUAUAAUGGCGCUUUAGAGAGUACAGCCCGCCAUGAUGAAGAAAGUCACUCUCUUUCACCCCCAGGAGAAGAUACUGUGAUGGCCGAUUCCUUCGAGAUCAAGGUUAACCUGAUGACCGUAGAAGCUUUAGAGGAGGGAGACUAUUUUGAAGCUAUCCCAUUAAAAACCUCGAAAUUUAACAGCGACCUAGUAGAUUUUGCUUCUACCAGCCAGGCUUUCAACAAAGUUCCUUCACCUCAUGAGACAAAACCUGACGAGGAUGCUGAGGCUUUUGAGAAUCAUGCUGAAAAACGAGGUAAAAGGAGUACUAAAUCUGCUCACAAAAAGAAAGAUUCUCCAGAGCCUCAAGGUAAGACGGACAAACAUGAACCUCACCAGGACUCUGGAGAAGAAGCUGAAGGCUGUCCUUCAGCCCCAGAAGAGACGCUAGCGGAUAAAAAGCCAGAGGUGCAUGAAAAGGCCAAGAGAAAGUCCACCCGUCCUCAUGAUGAGGAAGAGGGAGAAGACGAUGACCUCCAGGGUGUGGGCGAGGAAUUAUCUUCCAGCCCCCCAAGCAGCCGUGUCAGCUUGGAGACCCUUGGGAGUCACAGCGAAGAAGGCCUGGAUUUCAAGCCCUCCCCACCCCUCUCAAAGGUUUCCGUCAUUCCCCACGACCUCUUCUAUUUCCCGCACUAUGAGGUUCCCCUGGCUGCAGUUUUGGAGGCUUAUGCAGAAGACCCGGAGGAUCUAAAAAACGAAGAAAUGGAUUUCGAAGAGCCGGAGGGCUGUAUGCCAGACCUGGACUCCAGGGAGGAGGAGGCCGGUGGCUCUCAGAGCAGCUCCAGUUCCUCGGUGCCAGGCGAGAGCCUCCCCAGUGCCAGUGACCAGGUGCUGUGUCUCAGCAGGGGUGGUGCGGGUACCACACCAGCCUCGGAACCCGCUCCUCCGGCCCCCCAUGAGGACCACCAGCAAAGGGAGACCAAAGAGAAUGACCCCAUGGACAGCCAUCAGUCCCAGGAAUCCCCAAACCCGGAAAACAUAGCAAACCCCCUAGAAGGAAAUGUAACGAAAGAUUCAAUCAGUAGUAAAAAAAAGGAAAAAAGGAAACAUGUGGACCACGUAGAAAGUUCACUAUUUGUAGCACCUGGAAGUAUUCAGUCCUCAGAUGACCUAGAAGAAGACACUAGCGACCACUGCAUUCCUUCCAGGACUAGUCACAGUGACUCCAGCAUUUACAUUCGACGACAUACUAAUAGGUCUUCGGAAUCGGAUCAUUUUAGCUAUGUUCAGUUGAGGAACGCAGCAGAUCUGGAUGACAGAAGAAACCGAAUGUUAACCAGGAAGGCCAACAGCUCAGGAGAAGCCAUGUCACUGGGGAGCCACAGCCCGCAGAGCGACUCUCUGACGCAGCUUGUCCAGCAGCCGGAUAUGAUGUAUUUUAUUCUCUUCCUGUGGCUCCUGGUGUACUGCCUGCUGCUGUUCCCACAACUGGAUGUUAACAGACUCUGAUACGUGUGUCUGGAUAAUAAAAAAGACAGGACCCUGA